AUGGACUUCCAAUCUCCCUUCCGUCCCACUCAGUUCCGCUCUGCUGGUGCUGGACUCACCUCAUCUCAUCCCGAUGCCAUCUCAUCUCAGAACAGAUUCAAUGAGCUGUCUGUGUUCACCGACGCAAAGCAGACGCCUCGGCCGCCAUUAAAACCGGCCCGUUUAUCGUCUCAAGUGACGCAGUCGCCAAUUAAAUCGGAUUACUAUUCGGAAUUGGCUCAGAAGAAGUUACAGCUUGAGCAGUUGAAAAGAGAGAUGGAGACCGUGGAAUUCGAGAUUCUCGAGCUAGAAAGCAAAAUCUCACACUCCGAAAACGUCAAUGCACCAAGCCGCCAAAGCCUGGACUCGCUUCUAGGGUCCGGCAAAGCGCUCUCCAGAAAAGUCAGCAAGCUCUUCUUGGCUGGCUCCACCAUUCUCACCCCAGCAUCUUCACAAAGAACUCUUGUCAGCCCAAAGAAGAUCGAGGAUCCCUUCAAUUCUUUGCAAAGAAAGGCGCUGAAUUACUUCAACAACAGGCUUAUUCCAGACAUGAAGGAGAAACUCGAAGAGCAGCAAACGGAACUCGAAAUCAUAUCUAAAAAGGGAGCCGAUCUUGCCAAAAAUAUUAUAUCCUCGUUUUCCCCGAAAAAGAAGGAACCAAGCUUGGUGGGCGACACUUCUUACUCCUUGGACCAUUUGGGAGACUUGAGUUUGAUUAACACAUCCAUCAUUUUGAGUGAUGACUCGGUGGUAGAUAUCGAUGACUACGAGAGCGACUAG